GAGGACGGGACCCUCUGCGGUCCCGCGCCUGGCAGAAGCGGGGGGGUCUGCCCCUGUCCCCCCGGUGGGGUCCCUGCCUUCGCGCCCCCACGUUCCGGAGACAGCGGGAUGAGGAGCCCCGAGCGGGGCUUCACCGAGGCUGAGUGGGGUUGGGAGGGGGCUGGGGGCCGCAGCCAGGACCUGGGUCGUUCCCGACUGCCCCCCCCCCACCUGCCCAGCGCCAGCAGCUCCCCUCAGGACCCCCGUACUUCUCCCCCUGCAGAGCUGCAGCGCCUGGCCGCAGCGACCCUGGGGAUGGAGGAGGCUCUGUUUGUGCCCACGGCCACGAUGGCGAAUCUGAUAGCCGUGAUGUGCCACUGCCAGCGCAGGGGAGCUCAGCUGCUCCUGGGCCGGGACGCCCACCUGCACCUCUAUGAGCACGGCGGGGCCGCGCAGGUGGCUGCCGUCCACUCCCAGGCACUGCCAGACCUGCCAGAUGGCACCUUCGACCUGGAGCAGCUGGAGCUGAGCAUCCGCGAGGCCCACGGCAGCCGGUACCACCCGCGCCCCGAGCUCAUCUGUCUGGAGAACACACACAGCUCGGCAGGCGGCCGGGCACUGCCCCUCACCUACCUGCAGCAGGUCCGUGGGCUCGCUGACCGCUUCGGGCUGCGGGUGCACAUGGAUGGAGCGCGGCUGAUGAACGCGGCGGUGGCCCAGGGCGUGGAGCCGGCUCAAAUCACCCAGCACUGUGACUCCGUGUCCCUGUGCUUCUCCAAGGGCCUGGGUGCCCCGGCGGGCGCGGUGCUGGCCGGGCGCAGGGAGCUGGUGGCCGAGGCCUGGCGCGUGCGGAAGCUGCUGGGCGGGGGGAUGCGGCAGGCGGGCGUUCUGGCGGCUGCUGCCCGCCUCGGGCUCCAGCACGCGGAGACGACCCUGCGCAGGGACCACGACAACGCCCGGCGCUUUGCUGCAGGCAUCCAGGAGCUGAACUCGCCCCUCUGCUCUGUCAACCUCGCUGCAGUGGAGACAAACAUUGUGAUGGUGAGUGUCAGGGAGGGCUGCCUGACCCCCACAGAGCUCUGCGAGCACCUGCGAGCCGUGAGUGAGGAGGAGAUGGCUGAGACCGGUCAGGCUGUCAGCGUCCUGCUCUUCCCCUGGUCGGCACACACUGUGCGUGCCGUCUGGCACCGUGACGUCUCAGCCCGUGACACCGAGCUUGCAGUGAAGAAGUUGGAGUUUGUGGUCAGGAAGUGCCAAGAGAAGCUGGACCGGGGACUGCACCCAACUCCUCCAAGUGCCGGGGCAGCCUGAGCAUCCUCCCAGCCCCUGGGACAAGUCCUCCCAGGCAGCAGCAAAGGGGCUCCCAGCCACUGUGUGCUCCAGGCGUGUUCUCAGCCGGCUGCAGCACAUCAUCCACCCCCAUGUGCAGCUGCGGACCACAGCAAGCUCAGCUCCCGGGAGACCCCAUCCCACUUGCCCUGCAGAGCCCUCUGAGGCAGCAGCCCUGCCUCACAUCCAGCAAACACAUCCUUGCAGCACUCUCUAGUCCUCUAUGGAUGUUCUGCUCCCACAGACAGCACCCGAAAGCACCCCCCACCCCAAAAGCCACAUGCUGUGCCUGGCCUGUAUGCACUGUGUGUGAGGAUAUAGCUCUGGGGACACAGACCCCGAGGAAGGGUCAAGGCACACAAUAAAUAUGUU